GCGUGCAACGAGCGCGGGGAGCCACACUCACACGUCUUUGCGGAGGAAUACCGUGAAAGCUGUGCGGCGGUGCUUUGUCCUGCGUGCCCGCCUCCAAGCAGCAGCCAGCCCUCCUGCUCUGUGGCGACCGUCCAUUUCCCUCUGUUCCCCCGUAGCGUUAGCAGACCUGCUGUUGGAACUCCGCACAGACAUGGCUGACCAACUAACAGAAGAGCAGAUUGCUGAGUUCAAGGAGGCCUUCUCCCUGUUCGAUAAAGACGGAGAUGGGACCAUCACCACAAAGGAGCUGGGCACUGUCAUGAGGUCACUGGGUCAAAACCCAACCGAGGCAGAACUCCAGGACAUGAUCAACGAGGUGGAUGCUGAUGGCAACGGGACCAUCGACUUCCCCGAGUUCCUGACAAUGAUGGCGAGGAAGAUGAAGGACACUGACAGUGAGGAGGAGAUCAGGGAGGCAUUCAGAGUCUUUGAUAAGGAUGGAAACGGGUACAUUAGUGCAGCAGAGCUGCGUCAUGUGAUGACUAACCUGGGAGAGAAGCUGACAGACGAGGAAGUAGACGAGAUGAUCAGGGAAGCAGACAUUGACGGGGAUGGACAGGUCAACUACGAAGAAUUUGUCCAGAUGAUGACCGCCAAGUGAACUGGGCUUGCGUUAACGACAAAGAAUCCGUCAAAAGUUUCACUUACCUCUUAUUGCAAAAAUCUACAUUUAAUCAUACUGUUCUGUAUCAACAACUUAAACUGAAUGUUCAAAAUCUCAGAUCUGUCCAUAUUAAA